UCCCCGACCAAUUUGCUAUUCUGCAAAAAUUUCCCAUUUCCUAACCCUAAAUUCCAAAUUACACCUAAAAGAUCCCAUAUUUUAGCAUCAUUAAUUACCAAGCCCUGGCACGAUAUGAGGCGAUCUCGGAUUUUCCUUUCGCUUUUAACGAUCUUGUUUUCUCCAUCAAUACGUGGCUUCUUCUGCUCCCAGAUCUCGCAAACCUCUCUCGCCAGCCAUUUUCUUCCACCCCCUCCUAAUGAUGAAAUAGCGGUGGUAGUUACUCUGGAUGGAACAAUGCAUUUAGUGGACACGGUAUCAAGGAAAGUUCAUUGGUCAUUUGCAACGGGCAGGCCGAUUUAUUCAUCUUAUCAGGCCUUCCCUGACCACGAAAAGGACAAGCUUAAUGCAUCUGGACCGAACAGUGAUUUGUAUGUUGAUUGUGGGGAUGAUUUGCAACUCUAUGUUCAUAGCCGGCGCCAUGGAAAACUGAAAAAGCUUGAAUUGAGUGCUGAAGAAUAUGUUAGAAGAACGCCUUACGUAAACGAGGAUGGAGGGAUAACUUUGGGAGUAAAGAAGACCACUGUUUACCUUAUUGAUGCAAACUCUGGUAGAAUCGUACAAACUUUUAGAUUAGACAAUCCCCCCUCCACGCUAGAUAUUCAGAAUGAUGCAGGAAAAACAGUUCGUUGGACUAAGGAUGCUGGAGCAUUGGUGGAGUCUAGUCCUGUUAACUCAACAACAGUUAAGCAGUUUGUCUAUAUUAUGAGGACGGAUUAUGUGCUGCAAUACUAUUCUCCAAACUCUGCAGAAGUAUUAUGGAAUGUGGCAUUUUCCAAAAUUGAUGCUGAAUUUCGAUGUCAAGGAUCAGAGAAAAAACUUUCUGCAGACUACAUGCUUGAUUCUGAGUUGCAAUUGCCUUGUACGCUGAAACCUGUUGUUAUCCAAGUUCGUGAUCAUAAAUUGUUGGAGUCACUCCCUGUUUUUGGCUGGCUUGAUGGAAUAAUCCCAUUGCCAGCUUCAAAUCAAAAUCCUCGCUUGCCACCUGCUGAUAUAUUCCCAUUGGCUCUUCCUAAUGACAGAGCAUGGCUUGCUUUGCCCGCUUCUGAAAUGGAAAACCCGUAUAUGUUGGAUGCUAUUAAUACAAACGUCACAAGGAGGUUUGACAUGGCUGGAUCCAGCAUGCAAUCUUUCAUUGCUUUCUUCACCACCCUAUUGACUAUCAUUGUCUUUGCCUUUUACCGCUUAAAAAAGGGUAAGGGGAGUAAGCAGGAUCAGGAAGUUAAAUCGCAAUCAGUGCAGAAAAAGAAAAAACCUAAGAGAACUGGGAAUAGUAAGAAUAGCGCCAAUAAUGAGAAAAAGAAUAAAUUUGUUUCAGAGGAGAAUAAUGUUGGAAAUACAAAUAGACUUCCUUAUGUUGAAAGGAAUGAAGGCAAAUCAUUGCCGACCUUUACAGAUCUUGUUGAUGGUCGUGUAGAUGGACGUCGAAUUGGUAAGUUACUUGUUUCCAACAAACAAAUAGCAAAAGGAAGCAAUGGUACCAUUGUGCUUGAGGGGAUCUAUGAUGGCCGUCCAGUGGCUGUUAAACGUCUUGUGCAGACUCACCAUGAUGUGGCUCUGAAAGAGAGUCAGAACCUUAUUGCUUCUGAUCAACACCCAAAUAUUGUUCGCUGGUAUGGGGUAGAGUAUGAUCAGGAUUUUGUUUAUCUCUCUCUAGAGCGUUGUACGUGCAGCUUAAAUGACCUGAUCUAUGUUUGCUCUGAAUCUUUUCAAAACCGAGUCAAGGAUGAAGAUUCAAAUUUCUUCAAUGAGUAUAAUGUUCAAUUACAUACUGUGAUGGAAAAUAUCAAGGAUGUUGAACUUUGGAUGCCAAAUGGACAUCCUUCUCCCCAUUUGUUGAAACUAAUGAGAGAUAUUGUCUCCGGGCUUGCCCAUUUGCAUGAACUUGGUAUCAUACAUCGAGAUCUAAAGCCUCAAAAUGUUUUGAUAAUCAAGGAAAAAACCUUAUGUGCAAAGCUUUCGGACAUGGGCAUUAGCAAGCGCUUGACUGACAAUAUGUCUUCCUUAACCCGGGGUGCCACUGGUUAUGGAAGUUCAGGCUGGCAAGCGCCUGAGCAACUUCGUCAAGGUCGUCAAACUCGUGCUGUGGAUUUAUUUAGUUUAGGCUGUGUUCUAUUUUUUUGCAUCACUGGUGGUAAACACCCUUACGGAGAUAGUAUCGAACGUGAUGUAAAUAUUGUAAAUGACCGAAAGGACCUCUUUUUAAUAGAGGGUAUACCGGAAGCAAUGGAUCUUUUCUCUCGUCUCUUGGAUCCCAACCCGGAAUUGAGGCCAAAGGCACAGGAUGUUUUGUAUCAUCCAUUUUUUUGGAGUUCUGAGACAAGACUUUCAUUUCUUCGGGAGGCAAGUGAUCGUGUUGAACUGGAAGACAGGCAGAGUGAAUCAGAAGUAUUAAAUGAACUAGAAAGUGUUGCACCAGUAGCUUUGAAUGGGAAAUGGGACGAAAAGCUGGAAGCUGCAUUCCUUAAUAACAUUGGUCAUUAUAGGAGAUAUAAGUUUGACAGUGUUCGCGACCUGUUGCGGGUAAUAAGGAACAAGCAAAAUCACUACAGGGAACUUCCUCAAGAUAUCCAAGAAUUAUUGGGGACACUUCCAGAAGGAUUUGAUGGCUAUUUCUCGAGUCGAUUCCCGAAACUCUUAAUCGAGGUUUAUAAGGUACUCUUUAAGCUCUGCAAAGAGGAGAAAUUCUUCCAGAAAUAUAUAAACAGCAGUAUAAUGUAAUCUAGUUUUCACUUGCGUCUCUCCACAGCUAGCUUCUGUUCCUCUUAGGACAAUAUUUACAAAUACUGUAAAUAGAAACUGUAUCAAUUUGCAAACUAUCUUAUGUGUCAGUGAUUAAUGUAACAUAUUCUAAAUUUUAACCA